UUUCUUCGCACCCUCAUCUUCACUUCUCCCUGCUAUAAUUAUACGGCACCAAUAUCUCUCUCUUCUUACAUUCUUCUGUAAUAUUAUUAUCUUCAAAUUCUUCUGAAGAUCUAAGCAUUAGGCUUCUGUAAAUUAUUGGUGCAGUGAUUUUGAGGGUUUGAUGAAAUUUAAUACCUUCUGCUAAUUUCUGGCGAUUAUCAAAGGAUUCUGUUCUAUCCUUGUGUUACACGCUCCAAAAUUUGAAUUUGAAAGAUCGAGUAAUAAGCUGAGCCUGGGCUUGCGAAAGACUUCUGCAAGGAGGUAUAGAGGAUAAGAGGUAGAUAUGGGAGCAUUGCAGGGACCUGUUAUUUGCCCUGCCAUUCGUGUAAAACAUGAAAGAGCUGCUACACUGACAGCCACUGGACCUUUCAUAAAAUCUAAGGUUUUGAAAGGUGGGUUUUGGGGACAAAAAGGGAGCUUUAGAGGUAGAAUAAAGCUGGUCACGAGGCCAUUUCAUGGAGAGGGCAUGACCGUUAAAUGCACUUCCAGUUCAUCCUCACGUGGUAAUGGAAGCAUGGCUGAGAAUUUCAAUGAGAAUGAUGAAGAUUACGUCAACUCCAGUGUUCUUGAAGCUGUUGAGGUGAAAAGUGGUUCAGAGGGAUUUAUGAUCAAAAUGAGAGAUGGGAGGCAUUUAAGAUGUGUGCACAACAACCCUCAAGGAGGUCAUCUGCCCGAUUAUGCUCCUCAUCCUGCUAUUGUACUAAAAAUGGAAGAUGGAAGUGAUCUUUUGCUUCCCAUUAUUGUUUUGGAGAUGCCAAGUGUGCUGCUAAUGGCUGCAGUUCGCAAUGUGCAAAUUGUAUGCCCGUCUCUCUCUCUCUCUCUUGAUGAUAUUAUUGAUGUCGCGCAACAUUUGCAGGUGAAACUUGUUCGUGUUACAAAAAGAGUGCACGAAGCAUAUUUUGCACAGUUAUACCUUACUAAGGUUGGUGAUGAGUCUGAGAAAUUCAGCUUUGAUCUUAGGCCUUCAGAUGCUAUCAACAUUGCAGUGAGAUGCCAGGUCCCCAUACAAGUUAACAAGCAUCUUGCAUACAGCGAUGGAAUGAGGGUUAUCGAACCACCAAAGGUAGCUGUUGAGGUCCCUCUUUCUGAUGGCUUGCUAUUCACUGAACUUGAUAGGCCGGAUGGCAAGGCUUGUGUUGAGACCAAAGAGUUCAAUUUGGUGCGAAAUAUGUUGAUUGCUGCUGUAGAAGAACGCUACAGAGAUGCAGCUCAAUGGAGGGACAAGCUGACCCAACUGAGGUCCAUGAAAAGGAAUUGGAUAUAGUUACAGUGAUUCUAUGUAUAGACCUUCCUGUACAUAUCUUCUUUCCCGCGGACAAGGUCGCCUUUAUAAUGUGGUAUGGUUAUGCUCGGUGUAUAUGUGUGAAUGUGUAUCUAUCUAGUAAAAAUGUUUAUAUUGUAUAAAUGUAACUUCUUUUGGUCCUAUAAUGCAUGACUGAAAUCAAAUCAAGAAAAAAAAUCUCUGAA